AAAGCAUAAUGGACGGCAACAGCAAUAAUAGAGUGGAAGAAGGCAACUUUUCUCAGUCCGAUACCGGCGCUGAUUUUUCUACACUGCCGGAAGCUUGCAUCGUCUAUAUUCUAGCUCUGACGAGUCCUCCGGACGUUUGCAGAAUGUGGGCGGUGGCACAGUGGUUGCUACCAGCGGUGGAGUGGGACGCCUUGUGGCUGAGGUUUCUCCCGGAUGAUUAUCAGCAGAUCCUCGCCCGGUCGGCAGAGUCUCCAUCUUUGAGCGAUUCUUCCUCCAAGAAGGAGCUCUUCGUCCGUCUAUGCGAUUCUCCUCUCCUCAUCGACAGGGGCAAAAAGAUGUUUUGGUUGGAGAAGCGGAGUGGAAAGAAAUGUUUCAUGUUGUCUGCAAGAGACCUCACAAUCAUAUGGGGCUUUUCACCUAAAUAUUGGAGAUGGUUUUCUGUACCAGAAUCUCGAUUUUCAGAGAUUGCGUAUCUUAAUGACGUGUGCUGGCUUGAAAUCAGGGGUCGGAUCAAUGCUUGUAUGUUAUCUCCGAUAACAAACUAUGCAGCCUAUCUUGUGUUCAAAUUGUGGAAAACAAUUUCUUAUGGAUUCGAAGGUGUUGUGGUGAAUUCAUCAAUUAAAAUCGGAGAUGAAACUACAGCAAGAAGGAGUUAUUUGAAGAGAAGGAGGAGGCAUUCCGCAGAGGAAGGUAUUCCAUAUCCAACACAGAGAAAGGAUGGGUGGCUUGAGAUUGAAUUAGGAGAGUUCUUGAGUAAAGGAGGAGAAGAUAUAGGAGUGAAGAUAACGCAAUUGAGCAAUCAAUGGAAGAGAGGUCUCAUGGUUGAAGGGAUUGAAAUUAGGCCUAAAGAUAAUCUAUAGAUGAAUUUCCCUUUCAUAUUCUCAAAAGACAUCAUCUCUGUAAGAAUAUUUUAUGAGCAAGUCAUUUCUUUUUGUAGUUUAUUUUGUGACUCA